CUCCCGACGCCUCGCCGAGCUGCCGGCCGCUCGCCAGCCCCACAGCCUGCUCCCUGCUCUGGCCUCGCUGCCCCACGCCGCCACCAUGAGCCAGUCCUACUCCACCAGCCAGCGGGUCUCUUCCUACCGCCGCGCCUUCGGCGGUGCCUCCCCGAUCUUCUCCCGCACCUCCUUCGGGGGCAAGGGCAGCAGCGGCAGCUCUGUCACCUCCCGUGUCUACCAGGUGUCCCGCAGCUCGGCUGUCCCCAGCCUGUCCAGCUUCCAUGCCACCCGCGUGACGCCCCUGCGCUCCUACCAAAGUGCCUACCAAGGUGCCGGUGAGCUGCUGGACUUCAGCCUGGCUGACGCCAUGAACCAGGAGUUCCUCCAGACCCGCACUAACGAGAAGGUAGAGCUGCAGGAGCUCAAUGACCGCUUCGCCAACUACAUCGAGAAGGUGCGCUUCUUGGAGCAGCAGAAUGCCCUCAUGGUGGCCGAGGUGAACCGCCUGAGGGGCAAGGAGCCCACCCGCGUGGCUGAGAUGUACGAAGAGGAGCUGCGGGAGCUCCGGCGCCAGGUGGAUCUGCUCACCAGCCAGCGGGCUCGUGUUGAAGUCGAGCGUGACAACCUGCUUGAUGACCUGCAGAAGCUCAAGCAGAGGCUGCAAGAGGAGAUACAACUGAAGGAGGAAGCUGAGAACAACCUGGCUGCUUUCAGAGCUGACGUGGACGCGGCCACGCUGGCACGCAUAGACCUGGAAAGACGCAUCGAGUCCCUGCAGGAGGAGAUCGCUUUCCUCAAGAAGGUGCACGAAGAGGAAAUCCGGGAGCUGCAGGCUCAGCUGCAGGAGCAGCACAUACAGGUGGAGAUGGACGUCUCCAAGCCUGACCUGACGGCUGCACUGCGGGACAUCCGCACCCAGUACGAGAGCAUCGCUGCCAAGAACAUCGCCGAGGCCGAAGAGUGGUACAAGUCCAAGGUGUCUGACCUGACGCAGGCAGCCAACAAGAACAAUGACGCGCUGCGGCAGGCAAAACAGGAGAUGCUGGAGUACCGGCACCAGAUCCAGUCCUACACCUGCGAGAUUGAUGCCCUCAAGGGCACGAACGACUCGCUGAUGCGCCAGAUGCGGGAGAUGGAGGAGCGCUUUGCGGGAGAGGCCGGUGGGUACCAGGACACCAUCGCCCGGCUGGAGGAGGAGAUCCGGCACCUAAAGGACGAGAUGGCCCGGCACCUGCGCGAGUACCAGGACCUGCUCAAUGUCAAGAUGGCCCUGGACGUGGAGAUCGCCACGUACCGCAAGCUGCUGGAAGGCGAGGAGAACCGGAUCAGCAUCCCCAUGCACCAGACCUUUGCCUCCGCACUCAAUUUCCGAGAGACGAGUCCAGAGCAGCGCGGCUCUGAGGUGCACACCAAAAAGACCGUGAUGAUCAAAACCAUCGAAACCCGCGAUGGGGAGGUGGUUAGCGAGGCGACCCAGCAGCAGCAUGAAGUGCUGUAGAGGAGGCUGCUCCAGCAGCCCACUGGCACCUUCUGUCCCUGCCUCCGUCCCGCCGCCAAGC